CCAGGAGAGCAGCUCCUGCAGGAGGCAGCAUCUCCCCUGGGUGCUUUGGCAUGUCUGUGCCAGAGGAUUCCAAAAACAGACAUGGAGAAGGUUUGCGAGAAUGCAAAUUCCCAGCCGCUCGAGGAGAGCCUGGAGACAAGGCGCCAAGUGAGCAACACCCAGCAACAUGCAGCGCCUGAGGAGAGCCUGGGCCAGACCUCAUCCCUCCAUGGGGACAGGCUGCCACCACUCCCUGGCCAACAGAGCUUGCAGAGCACCAGCAGCCACCCAACCACUGCACCAAGCAAGGUGGAGCCUCCGCAGGGGUUAGAGAGGAGCCGCCGGGCCCGCUCCCAGCUCAGGGCUUCAUAUGGCAAAGCCAACCUGCCAUGGCAGCUGCACAGCCUGGAGGAGAAGGAGGUCCCACAGCAGGAGGGCCAGGACCAUCUUGCCUCCCUGAUAUGGCUUGAUGGUAGAGCCGGGCAGGGAAACCCAAAGUUGGACAUUGAGAAGCCAGAGCUGACAGGCCUGGAGGGACUGGAAGCCAUCCUAGGCCAGCAGAAGGUGCUGGAAUGGCUUGAAGCCCAUUUCCCCACUGAGACCUGGACCUUGGCCACAAAGGGUGAAGACUGGGACUACACGAUUGACAAAGGGCUGUCCCGUGGGCUGCGGCAAAAGGACCUCGAACAUCCAGUGUCUCCAGCUCCACCUGGUCCCAACAACACCAAGGAUGAGCCAGCCAUGUACCAGAGUCCAGUGCUGCCUCAGUGGGGACAGGCCUGGCCCAGCCGUCCCAGAGAGCAGCAGCCAGGCCAGGCCAGCACUGCCACAACCACCAUCACUGGCUAUGCACUGCAGGCUCUUCCCUGGGAAGAGCCCUUGGUGCCGGCGCUGCAGGCAGGAGCUUACCUGUUGCCCGCACAACCCCUUGGCCAUGGAGCUCCUUCUCCCGCGGCUACUGACGGCCCGGCGCGACAGCAGCAACGCUCCCUCUUCGGGAGGGUGCUCAGGGCUGUGUGCAGGCUGUUCCUUGGAACCUGUGUGCCACCAGAGCAGGAGCAGCAGCGCCGGGCUGCCAGCGCCAGGAAGGUGCCCGGAGGCGACCGUGCUGAGCCUCGGCAGUGUCCAGCUGAGAGCGCGGCACAGGGAGGCACCCGAGCCAUGGCUGCAGGGACGGCGCCUCAGGCAUUUGGCUGCUGCCCCAAGCGCACCCUGCCAGACUGGGCUUACCCAGUGAUUCCUGUGACCAGCCUAUGA